UCACCGAUAGCUUGCUUAUUGUCAUCACCAUCGCAGACGAGUAGCAUUCAUUAUCUUCUUUUUUGUUUUCGUUAAUAAAAAAAAUACAAAUUUUCUGUGUGCGUGUGAAAAACAGAAAAUCGCGACUAGAAUGACUCAAGCCGCAAUCGGUGGGAAUAAUUAGUGUUAAGAUUUACUUCGAACACGGAAAAACAUAGAAAUUAACACGCAGUGUGCGACGAAAACGAAAUAAAUUAGACGUGUGUAUCGUCACACACACGGGUCCGAAACACAAAAAAAAGAAAAAAAAAUAAAACAAAAACGACACAAACAACGACUAGACACCCAAGAAGUGUAGUGAAGUGAAGAAGAUGUCACAUCUACCAACACCUUUGUAUGGAUUCGCAAUAUUUUUCUUGAUUUUUUGGUGUGGAACCUGGUGUGUGCAUCUGAUAGCGAUAUGCUAUGGUAAAUUCAAACUGCACAAGAAAUCGUGUAAAUGCCCCAGCGAGACGCCGUUGCCGGGUGUGUCCAUACUCAAACCGCUGAUGGGUGUCGACCCGAAUUUAGAGCACAAUCUAGAAACAUUUUUCACCAUGGAUUAUCCGGUGUACGAGCUGUUGUUUUGCGUGGAGGAUAAAUGCGAUCCCGCGGUGAAGAUUGUGGAGGGACUGAUUGACAAAUAUCCACUAGUGGAUGCCCGUUUGUUUUUGGGCGGUUCAAAUGUGGGUGUGAAUCCGAAAAUAAACAACAUGAAUCCUGCCUAUGAGGCGGCAAAAUAUGAGUUCGUUAUGAUCUCGGAUAGUGGAAUUAAAAUGCGUAAUGAUACAUUGCUGGAUAUGGUAUAUCAUAUGGGCGAGAAAUAUGCCCUGGUGCAUCAAAUGCCGUUUACAUGCGAUCGCGAGGGCUUUGCGGCCACCUUUGAAAAGGUGUUCUUUGGUACGGUGCAAUCGAGAAUAUACUUGUCGGCGGAUUUUUUGGGCAUCAAUUGCCAUACGGGCAUGUCAUGCUUGCUGAGAAAGUCGGUGAUCGAUAGCCUGGGAGGGCUAAAAACAUUUGGCUGUUAUUUAGCUGAGGAUUUUUUCAUUGCCAAAGCCAUUACCGAACAGGGCUGGAAAAUGCGUAUCAGCAAUCAACCGGCCUUGCAGAAUUGCGGUACAUGUGAUAUUAGUACAUUUCAGCAAAGACUUAUACGUUGGGCCAAAUUGCGGGUGGCCAUGGUGCCGACAACGAUAUUGCUGGAACCGCUGUCGGAGUGCAUGGUCUUGGGUGCAUUGGCUGCCUGGUCGGCGACAAUUGUUUUCAAAUGGGAUCCCUUGGUGUUCUAUUUGGUGCACAUACUCACAUGGUUUCUGUCCGAUUGGCUGCUGCUGUCCAUCGUGCAAAAUGGUUCACUGACCUUUCAUAAAUUUGAAUUUGUCAUCGGUUGGCUGUUUCGUGAAUUGAGUGGGCCAUAUUUGUUUCUGCAUGCCCUGUGGAAUCCAGCGAUUAGAUGGCGUACACGCACCUACAAAUUAAGAUGGGGCGGAAUAGCCUAUGAACUGCCGGAUAAUUGCUGUAGUAGUAGUGGUAGUUGUAAAUGCAGUAGUAGUAUUAUUAGCUCGGCUAGCAGCAGCAGCACCUUCCAAACAAAUCUCAGUAGCAAACGUCUAUUGAUUUCAUCGUAGCAUAAGAUUCUCAUGUAUUAUUUAGCAUCAUCAGCAGCAAUCUGAUUUUACAUACCUCGGGAGUAUAGAAAAAGAAGGGGUAUGUAAUGGAAAAUAGCAACAACAAACAACAAUAACAUGAACAUUAUCAUCAUCAGCGUUAUUAACAUCAUCAUCAUCAACAACAACACAGACGAAUUAGCAUUUUUCUUGUCAUCACCACCAUCAACGAUGCCUGGCAUCAAUAACUCAUUCAUUUGUAUUUGUUUUCGGAUUAUUUUUCUUUUGUUUUUGUUUUUAUUGUAAAUUAAUUUCUUUUUUGUUAGUUCGAAUUGUUGUUUUUGUUUAUAUACAUACAUAUAUAUAUAAUAUUUCCUAGCACACAGAUUCCCUUUUGUUUUCCGUGUUCUUAGUAUAUAAAAAAAAACAUAAUUUAUUUUCUCUCCCUCUCUAUCUCUCUCUCUUUUGUGUAGUUUAUUUUAAAGGUUUUUCUAUCUAAAUAUUUUCUAUAUUAGCAAUUAAACAAAAUAUAUAUUAAUAAUAUAUGUUAUUUUAUAAGAUCUAUUUAUAUAAGAGUAGUUAAGAAACGAAACGAGAAAUUAAAAGAUAACAAUAAUAAUAAAUACCGAGAUAUAAAAAAACAUUCGAAAUUAUCAAAAAAAUAAUAAAAUACGAAAUCAAUUUAAUGAGGAGGGGGUUUGUAGUGGAAUAUAAAAUUGCAAAAUAGGAAAACAAAAAUUUCAAUUUCAUGACCAAAUUAUAUGGAUUCCAUCUGUACUCUUGACGGCAACAAGAUUCCAUGACAACCCCAAAAACAAAAUUUAGAAUUAAGGUAUUGUAAUGGGAUCUAAUUGCCAAGCAAAAUUAUAAAAUAAAAAAUUCCCAUUUGAUGCUCAAACAAUUCAUAUUCCAUUUGAAAAGCCGCUGUUAAAACAUAUGAUUCCAUAACAAUGUUGAAACCAAAAUUAGCAUUAGAGGUUUGCCAAGGGAAUCUUAUUGCCAAAUAGAUUUUAAAAAAAUAUACUCUGUUUUUAAUUGCUACUUGAUCUAAUGAAUCUUAUUCCAUUUGGCAAUAAGAUUCCAAACAACAAACUUGAAACAAUAAAUUUAUGUACACAUCAAAAGGAUAAACUUCAAAAAAAAAAACGAAUAAUUUCAACACUCCUAUUUCCAUUUAUUAUUAGCUAUAAUCUGAAACUGAAAGCAAAUCAUGAAAUUAGAAUUGAAAGGGGGUAAAUAUAGAAAACAUAACACAAAAAUCCUAUAAAAUCAAGUAUUUUUGUUUGUUUUUAUUUUAUUAUUAUUAUUUUUUUUUUAAUUUAUACCCUUUGGCUAAUAACUACCAAAAAAAAAAAAGGAAAUCAAUUGAAAUUAAAUCAAGUUAUCUGUUUUUUAGACCUAGAACUUGUUGAAUUUUUUGUAGAUAUCUUCAUAAAAUAAUUAAUAAUAAUAACAACAAUAAUAAUAAUAAUAAUAAUUUUUUAGUAAUAAUAAAUUAUACUUUUAGCUCAGAUAUUCCAAAAAAAAAAAAGAAAAAAGAAGAAUGAAAUGUUUUUUUUUAAUGCUUUAGUUUAAGAUAUGGUUUUUUGCUACUAGAAUUACACCCAGAGAUAAUACAAACAAUGACUUAUCUAUCCAAAAACCAAUAUAAUGAAAUUACAAAAAACAAACAAAGAAAUAAAUAAACUAAAUUUAUUACAAAGAAAUACUCAUUAUGUAAAGAUCAAAUACACCCGUGGAGAAUGUUAAAUGAAUGGUAAAACAAUAACUUUGAACAAAACAACAAUAAA